UAGUGCAAUUCGUGAUUUAUGGUCAUUUAUUUCCUAGCCAUAUAAAGUAAGAUCAUGAUAGUUACAGGUAUGUAUUUUAAGCCUAUAUUUGUCACAAUGUUGGUACAUCAUGUAAAACCACACGUCAUGUAUAUAUACAGCCUAGAUGUGUUCAACUUACUACAGCCUCGUGUCCGCACAUGACAACUAAUGACCAAUUAAUGACCAUUGUAAUUACCCUAAUAAUGUCACUUACUUAACCUAUUAAUAUUUUCCAUUAUUGAUAGGUAGAAAAAAUAAUAAUUAUGCAUAGUUUUUAUACAUCUGACUUGUUGACUAAUUUUGCUUAACCACGUUUAAAUCAUCGGCAAUGCUCGCCACAGAUCGGAAAACGUUUGCGAAUCAAUUACGCGCGUUAACGUAUUCUAUAUUUACGUAUCGAUACUGUUCCGUUACGUCGAAUGAUUGAUAUUAUAGAAUUAUUAUCAACAGUUGUAUAAGGAAUACGUUACUGAAUAGAAGGUGAGUUCAAGUUUUUUUUUAUAGAUUUUAUGUGACAUUAACACAAUUUUCAUCAUUCAAUACGAAAAAGAAAAGAAAAUUAUACUUCAAAACUAGUUAGUUAACAACGUUAAAAUAACCACUGUAACUUUAUUACAUUUUAAAAUUAUAAUUAAGUAUUGCACUUUUAAAGAAUCAACAUGACAAUACAAUUAAACAUUACUCGAAUAUUUCGUUGUUUUAUUUUGUUACUUGCUCGGAGUUAAUGUUUUCCUUUUUUUAGAUGAAAGGCUUCCCAGUGUCACAUUAUUAUCUUUCGUAUCAGAUCAUAUUAAUCUAUAUCUUAAGUUGUAUCUAUAUCAAAAUCUUUAUCAUUUUAUACGGAAAAGAUAAAGGAAAAAUAAAAUUUAAAAUGUUAUCAUUUUUUGUUUUGUUUUUAAGUUAUAAAGCAGAAAAUGUUUGUGAUGCAGAGAGGAACGGCACAAUUUAGACGUAUACACUGGCUUAUAAUUGGCUGCUUCCUUUUCAGGCUUUACGAAUGCGUAGAAAUUAAAGUCAAACAUGGUGACGAGGUUGUGUUCGAGCUACCAGAGAUAAAAUCUUGUGGUCAGUUUUCGUUCCUGAAUCCAUCUUUACGACCAGUGUUUGUUGUCGAGGGUAAUACUACUACAAACCUAAUCUCACCAUACGACAAAAGGGCUAGCGUUAUAAAGACAGAUAAUGGUUUCAAACUUACAAUUUCCCACUCGACUGACAGUGAUGCGGGUACCUACAAAGUUGCUACGUCAUCUGUGACGUUAUCCCCACCCUGCUUGGCUGAAUCAUUCUACGUUACUGUGCUUGAAGCCACGGACGUUCACAUGGAGCCAUGGGAAACGUGGUCCUUCUGUAUCAGUCAGUGUAGCCCUAACAGACACAGGUCAAGGUCACGACAAUGUAGCGUUAAAGGGUCGUGCACAGAUAUAGGACCAAUGUUUCAGACGGAAACUUGUGACAAAGCCGCGCAUUGCCCAAAAUGGUCAAGUUGGGGAAGUUGGGGCUCUUGUAGUGCCAAGUGUGGGAAAGGAUUCAAGAUCAGAAAAAGGGCGUGUCUCAGCGGCAACUCCUCCCUCGUCAAGAGUUCUGAAUGCCGUGGAAUAUCAACGCAGUCUCACAUGUGCCUUACCGUCUGUGAAUUAGUUGGAACAUGGACGCAUUGGUCCGAAUGGUCCAAUUGUUCACAGUCAUGUGAUCAGGAUUCAACAUCACGUGGUACAAGAGCGCGCAAUAGAUCGUGUUCAACAGAUAGUGGACAGCAUGUUGUGGCCCAAAACUGUACAGGAAACCGUACGGAGGAAGAAUUCUGUAAUACAAAUUGUAUAGUAUCUACACCAUCUGAGAACAUCACUGAAACUGUACAUGUACAAGGUGUUACAGACGACACUACAGAAACAGCGUUCAGUAUUAUACCUGUGAUAGCUGGUGCCGCGUGUGCUCUAAUCAUAAUUAUAAUCCUCGUCAUCGUUUUAGUACUGAAAACUCGAGUACAGAGGAGAAGGGGCAGUGUUCCUACCCUCAGACCUGCCGAUGCAGCACAUAACAGAAGGAAGAAACUGUCUAAGGAACGCAGGUCAGAAACACCACGUGAUGUUGUCGAAACCGAAAGCGGAAAUGUAUAUUCGGAACUUAAUUCAAGUUUCCAAUAUCCAUCAUCAGAAUUUGAUUCAGUAUUUUCUAUAGACAAUGCUGGAUUCACAAAGUCGUCUGCUGUAAAUAUUAUGGAGACAAUAAGAGAUGAAGACGCUGAUGACGUGUCAGACGGCUAUGACAGCGAGUUUGAUGAUAACCCAGAAGUAACAGGCACGUUUUACAAUUAACUACACAUAAAAUCAAACCAAGCUUAAACAUGU